AGCCGGGCUCAUGAGUGCCAUAGUUGAGAGUGUACUUAGCACGUCAGCCACUGACUGCAGUGUUGUUUGUGGGCCCCCCCUGUGCUAAAAUGGAAGCUUUCAGCGCGGUAUUCGUCUGGUUUUGAAAAGGCUCUUUAAAUGAAGCCGUAAUAGUAAUGAGGUUUGGCCGAGCUCUUUGCAGUAGUGAAGCAACCACCUGCUCCUCCAUACAGCAGCAACACAAUACGGCUGGCUCCCGGGACGACCCGCCGGCGGCGGUCUGCACCUCGCGCCUCCAACAGCGGCAUCGCACCAUCGGGUGUUCCCGCAAAUACCAGCGUUAAACAAAUCCAGAGCCCCUCUCCUUCUCUAAUCCAGCCUGGUUCACUGAUGGGAUCCUUCGUUCUGGCGGUGGGACUGUGGCUGCGUUUCGACCCAGAAACUGUGUCCCUGCUGAACGGCGAUAAGGCUCCAGACACUUUCUUCAUUGGUGUGUAUAUCCUGAUAGGAGCCGGCAGUCUGGUAAUGCUGGUUGGUUUCUUUGGCUGCUGUGGAGCUGUUCGAGAAUCUCAAUGCCUGCUGGGUUCAUUCUUCGCUUGUCUGCUGAUCAUCUUCGGUGCUGAGGUGGCAGCAGGGGUGUUUGGAUUCCUAAACAAAGACAAGAUUAUCGAAGACGUUCAGAACUUCUACGGAACAACAUACAAUGAAAACAAUAACAGCACAUUGAUCAUGUCAUACCAGAAAGUACUGAACUGUUGUGGAACCAUAGCCAGCCCCUGCCCCGAAGCCAAACCAGACACCAGGGACUGUGAGACAGGCAUCAAGGACUUCUUCAACAGCAAACUCUACAUCAUCGGGUACGUGGGCAUCGGCAUCGCUGGAGUCAUGAUCAUUGGGAUGAUCUUCAGUAUGGUGCUCUGUUGUGCUAUCCGAAACAGCAGGGAGGUCAUCUAAGCUGGAUCCCCGACCUUCACCACCCCCAUCCCCGAAAGACUGUAUAGCCUUCAGAUCAAAUGUCGACCUCUGUCCAUCUCCCACCCAGGGACCCGGGAAAUACCAAUACUUCCUUUCCACUACGGUGCUCACCCGGCUCCCUUGACCCGAUAUUCUGCUAUAUUUCUCUGAAUAUUUCUACAUUUAUUUGCUGUCACAAGUUGCAAACAUUCUGUUAAGACUUCAGACCAUUCACAUAUCCAGUGGGAACAGUAUGAAUUCUGCUGCUGACCUGACAAUCUGUCAAAUUGUUUCUCCACAUUUGGCCAUUUGGCAACCAGUACGAAUUUGAACCCGCAUAUUGUCGCAGACGUGUCAAAGCUUUUUUCGCACAGCCUUGACACUGACCCCCUCGGCUGUGGGAAACUGUAGCCCGAGAGAGCAUUCUGAGGUGAAAGCAGCUGAGUUCGCUUGUACGUGCGCACACAUGAGCGCGCGGACACAUGAGCGCAGCAAUGUUGUGUUACACGAGACCGCAGCCUUAAAAAAAAAAAAAAAAAAAGGUUGGAGGAGUCUCGUAGGGAACCCUGAUUGGUGGAAACGUGAGUGGGGUGUCAGGAGAGGGAAUGGAAGGCGAAUGUUUCGAGCAUGCAUUCACCAUGCAAAGCGCUCUUCCCUUACACCAAGUCUGCAUAAACUGAACGAUCCACACCGAGAAAAAUCUGCCGUCAUCUUAAAGGAACAGUUCAACAUUUAGGGGAAUACGCUUGAUACCUCUCUUUCCCGAGGUCAGUCAGUAAAAUGUAACUCUCUGGAGAAAGACGGCUGAUUGUUGAGUCUCAUCCACAGCUCGUCUGAUCAUGACAUUAUGUUGUCAGCAUUUUUAGAUCUGGGGAUGACGCUCAAUAAUCAGCUAUCUUUCUCCAGAGGGUUACAUUUUGUUGCGUUCAAUCAGAAAACUGAGAGCCCUCUCAUGUCUGUGUCAAAUAUGAAGCUACCGGGAGAAAACAGCGGCUUUAGCGUAGCAUAAGGACUAAGUCAGAUGGUUUACAUGUUUCUGGUAUUUAUGCUGAGCUAAGCAGCCCCAAGGGGAAAAGGUCCUCGUCUGUUACAUAGACCUGGUGACACAAAUACCACUUUUCUACAAUUUCUUUGUAAUGCAUACGCUCACUUACGUAACAGUACUCCGGAGUCUCUGUUGACUGUGUGUCAAGAUGAUCUUGCGUACAUGUUUACAGGCUAAAAAUACACCAGCCGGUCGACUGAGAAUAGGCACUGGGGCUGUAAAUUUUAGUUGUCAGAGCCGGCUCUUUGAUCCCUUCCAUCCUCCGUCUUUUUCCCCUUUGUGCCUUAAAAGUACAACCAACCACGAAACGAAGACGACCCCUCUCAAGACAUGCCCAACCUGGAACCACUUCCAUUUAUCCAGGGUAAAUCAGGCCACUGUUAAUUCUGUAGAGUGUAUUAAGUGUCAGGACUCCGGUAUGUAAAUAUGUGUGAGUUUUCUCCUAGUUGUACAUUAUUUUGUGGCUGACGUGAUGCUUACUAACAUGCCAUGCGUAGACAGAGGCUUGCCGUAGUUGUACAGUGUUGUAGUCACGACGGUGUUUGCAGUAGUGAAAGCGAAUCCACACAACAAUAAGAGAGCUUCUUAACGUGCCUUUCUUUGAUAACGAGCUAUUUUUCAACAACAGGCUGUCCUAUCCUGAACGCAGCAGAAGGUCGUAGCACACGUGUACAUAUGUUCGUAAAGUUGGACUGCAAUUAAUUGACGAGUAGCACAUGUGGUUUUGACUCGCCAUCGCCGUUUGGUGUAAAGUGUCACAGUCGACUGAAACAGCUGAAGUGGUGAAAGCAACAGUUUCCCUGCCAAGUAUUUCAAAACCCUCUUGGUACUAAAAAAAAAAAGAAAAGGAAAGAAAUCUGUUCUCCGGACAUUGUCUCGUAUGUCCCAAUGAUCAAGAUACGCUGAAUAGAGGAUUUACUCUUUUUUUACAUGUCAGUGUAAUGAGACACAAGCGACGAGGAAAUUGUGCCACCUCAGGCUGUUUGGGUGCCACUGUGAUGGGUGAGGCGACACGGCGGAGUCACACCGUCUCUUCAGAGGCUCCGGUGGGUUAAAAACAGGAUGAACUGGGAACAGUGUAGCGCAACUCAACCCACAGGAGGCCGCCGCUGCGUUCCUCGGUUAUAUUUGUUUGAGCAAAUCUGGUGAUGUGAAGACACUGUGUACACAGUCGAGCCUUUCGUAGUUGAUUGUGUGUUAAUUUAUUUUAAUACCAUUCCAGGCUUCUCAGGAAGAUAGGUGUUUGAAGUUUAAUAAAGCUUUUAAAGUUUUA